UAGAGCAGCGAACUGGCUCGCCUGUCUAACCUGGUCUGUUGUCAACCCGUCACUGGGGCAAACUUUUCUGCCCUGUCCAUGGUUCCUGUCACUUACGCUGGCGGAUCUGCGAGGACGGGGAGACUUUUAACACCGGCUGACAGCAACUAGGUCUCGAUGGUGACUGUGACUUGAUGGGGUCCAAGCGCCGGACAAAGUGAUGGUGUAAAGAAAGAGAGUCACAGCAGGUGGAGGUGCGUGCGCGUGGGAUGUUGCGCUGGACCGUGCACCUGGAAGGAGGGCCGCGGAGAGUCAACCAUGCUGCUGUGGCGGUGGGCCAUAAGGUGUACUCCUUUGGAGGCUACUGCUCCGGGGAGGACUACGAGACGCUCCGUCAGAUUGAUGUGCACGUCUUUAACACAGUGUCUCUGCGCUGGACGAAGUUGCCCCCAGUAAGGACCGGGGGGAGAGAACAUGCCCGUGAGGUGCCCUACAUGCGCUAUGGCCACACCGCUGUCCUGCUGGAGGAUAUCAUCUAUAUCUGGGGAGGGCGCAAUGACACAGAGGGGGCCUGCAAUGUGCUUUAUGCAUUUGAUGUCAAUACACAUAGAUGGUUCACGCCCAAGAUUUCGGGGACAGUUCCAGGGGCAAGGGACGGUCACUCUGCCUGCGUCCUGGGGAAGGCCAUGUACAUCUUUGGUGGAUAUGAACAGCUGGCUGACUGCUUCUCCAACGACAUCCACAAGCUGGACACCACCACCAUGGUCUGGUCUCUGAUCAAUGCCAGGGGAACUCCAGCGCGCUGGAGAGACUUCCACUCGGCCACCAUCAUCGGCACAAAGAUGUUUGUGUUUGGAGGACGAGCGGACCGCUUCGGCCCCUUCCACUCGAACAACGAGAUCUACUGCAACAAGAUCAGAGUGUUUGACACGGAGACCAACUGCUGGCUGAGCACCCCGUCAGCACAGCCCCUGCCAGACGGGCGCAGGAGUCAUUCAGCUUUUGCCUACGACGGAGAGCUGUACAUAUUCGGAGGCUACAACGCACGUAUGGACAGGCACUUCAAUGACCUCUGGAAAUUCAAUCCAGAAGCGUUCGCCUGGAAGAAGGUGGAGCCCAAAGGGAAAGGCCCAUGUCCACGGAGACGACAGUGCUGUUGCAUGGUUGGAGAUCGCAUCAUCCUCUUUGGGGGAACCAGCCCCUGUCCAGAGCAAGGAAUGGGUGAUGAAUUCAACCUCAUGGAUCAUUCAGACCUGUACAUCUUGGACUUCAGCCCUAAUUUGAAGACGUUAUGCAAGAUAGCUGUUAUUCAGUACAGUCUGGAGCAGUCGGGACUCCCACAUGACAUCAGGUGGGAACUGGCGGCCAUGACCACGAACAGCAACAUCAGCCGGCCGAUCUUCUCCUCCCACGGCUGACGCCACGGGGGACACCCGUCAGAACCACGACCCUGUUUCAGGACACCGGGCUUUUAUCCUUCUGAUCAGCUGAGCUCCGAAAGACUUUUUCUUUUUUUUUUGUACUAUUUGGCUCUGGAUUGGAAUCGUUUUCUACAGUCGGGGGCUUUUGAUAUCUCCAAAACAAACUGAACUCUGCUCGGCCUCCGAAAUGUCAGUCCUUCGCGUUAACUUCCUCAGAUACUCUGGGUUUCUCAUGUCUAUAAAUGGUGCUGGUCUAUCCCCCCACCCCCCCCCCCACCCCACCGUGAAGGAUCUCGUUGAAAAUAAGCUCAACUCAACUGAGUUUAAGUAUUAAAGAGGAGAGGGUUUUGUUUUUUUUUUGUUUUUCUUUUAGAGUCGACAUUUUGGCUCGAUCAGGAGUUGAUGUUUUUCCCUUGACAAAGCGAUGCUGGGAGAAACCGCUUGUUGCCACACCCGCUUCCUUGUCGCCUCUCUAGAGAGCCAAUCAGCCUAUGAUAAUCACGGACCUUGAAACCAAGCACAGAAUAAAACGGUAAGAACUUCAGCCAAAGGUGUCGAGUACUAGACUUCGUUCCGUGGAGGCAGAUAGGACACUUCAGUGUUACGCCGGAAGAGACAAAACCAGCCUCUCGUUUCACAAACCCGGCUGCUGCGGAGACGGACUAACUGUUAGUGAGUCGGUAUCUCCUCCCUCCUCCUUCACACUGUUCACCAAACCACCUAAUACAUCACCCCCUCCGUGCCGCGCAGGGCGAGACAUCCAUCAAGCCCUCCGCGCAACACGCGUUGCCCAUGUGUCGAACACAGAGAAGAGGAUUCUGGGAAAGCCGCGUCACUCACCGAUCGACGUGGCUCCUGUGAGAGGGUUGGCCCCCGAGUGGCUCCUCUUGCCCCGCUUCUCUUCUCCUCCUCUCGCCGCCCGGCUUUAACACCCCGCCGCCCUCGUGACGUCUCGGAGGCCACCGCGAGGCUGUUGGGCAGCGAGCUGUCCGCCUCGGGAAGUCAUCGAGCCCAUCUACCUCCCUCGGUAGCACGUGUCGCGGAGACGUGGACCUGCUCCACUCGGUGACGCUGAAGCUUUGAACCCCCCCCCCUAACAAAAGACUACUCGCAGGGAUUUUGAGUUUUCGCAGCCAUCAAACUUGCCCCUGCCCCCCCCCUCUCCACCCAUUUUCGCAAGACGGGCUCGGUGCCAUAGGAUGAGCGCUGAACCCACGCCUCCGCAGCCCGUUUGUUUGUUUGUU